GACUCAUGUCUCUACCAGAGUUAUGGGCACAUAUGGAUAUUGUGCCCCUGAUUAUGCAAUGACUGGCCAACUCACCUUCAAAUCGGAUAUCUAUAGUUUUGGUGUUGUUCUUCUCGAGAUCAUCACGGGCAGGAGAGCCAUUGACAAUAGAAGAUCUGGUCCAGAGGCAAAUCUAGUCUCAUGGGCAAGGCCGUUAUUCAAGGACCGGAAAAGAUUCCACCAAAUGGCUGAUCCGUCAUUGGAAGGGCAGUACCCAGUGAGAGGGCUGUACCAAGCUCUAGCAAUCGCUGCAAUGUGUGUCCAAGAGCAACCGAACAUGAGGCCUCUUGUUGCUGACAUUGUCACAGCCCUGAACUAUCUCGCCUCGCAGACUUAUGAUCCGAGCAUCCACGGGGUCGCUAGAAGCCCUACUCGGCGUAGCAGAUCAAAAGGAGAUGCCGAACUCAACCACCACAACGACAACCAAUUCCGAGGACGGCUGAGUAUCUAGCUGCUUCACACUCUCAUCAGUUUUGACAUCACAGAUGGUACAUGGAGUUUACUCCUACUCAACUCUUUAUGUAAAUCCACACUUUUGGAGAAAUAAAUAUAUACAAGUUAUAUAAUAUUGAGGUAGUCAACAAUCAACAUCGGCUUUUGUAAUUUCAUUUUUCAGAAAUUUGUUGCUGCUUACAGAGAUAGAGGUAGGCUGUUUUAGGGCUUUGUUUAUGUUGUUGGCUUUUUCACUUGGACAAGCGAAUGUGCAACUUAUUUUUCUACGUUUAUUGAAUUUUUUUAUGGUGAUGAUUA